AUGGCCUCGAGACCGGGCCUUACUUCCGGGAUCACAGAGGUUGCGCAGACCAAAUCUGAUCGGGCUCUGGCUACUUGGAAGGAGCAAGCGAAACAGAACAUCAACCCUGCGUUCGCUCGGCAUCCCAAGAAGAAGGACGAAGUAGUCAAUGCAAUCGAGAAGGUCGAAUGGGAUCAUCAGCGAAUGGCGGUCGAGGACGUCACCACACAAAAUCUCUAUAACGAUGCCAUGGAAUCCUUAUUUUGCGAGAGAAUGCCGUCGGUGCAAGGCUUCGUUGACGUAUGCCCUCCAAGCCCCAGCGUUCUAGAAGCGCUGAGGAUCAUGAAUGGCCUUGUGCUGCCGCCUGACAUCUCUGCGCUACUACAAGAGUACGGUCUUGAUCCCGACGCUUGUUGCAACCCGGAUCUUGACGACGAGCGAAAGGUGUUGUUGGAGGACUUCGAAAUCAAGUAUGUCGGCGAUGACCGUUUCGGGCCUCUUGAUCUCAGAAUCAGUAAGCGCCGGCGCGAUGGUGGGGAUGUAAAGGAACCCGCUCCGAAGAAGCGCAAGCGAGUCCCCCGUUUAAUGCAGAAGUCGUUUAGUUUCGCACCUCAGAUACCAUCGCCUCCAAGCAAGAUCGAUUGGCUAUCCACUUCGCCUGUGUGGCAGAACAAUGAUGAAGGUUCCGCACCCCUAAAGCUACGAGAGACCGACUCUCAGACUCAGGAUUCAUCCGCAACCCCUCAACCCGAACAUCAAGAUGGCGGACUCGCUGUCGAAUGUUUGAAUUCUCUUAACGAUCGCACUAGGAAACAUCCCCCGGAUACCGCCUUGAUCACGAACAAAUUAUCCCUCUCAGCUAUCCCAGCGGAUGUCAACCACGCCCUCGAUGCGAUCAGCGCCAAGAUGAUGGAUAUGAGAGCCGCCAUCGCCGCCCAGCAACAGGGCCAGAACGACAGUAUCCGAAAUGCUCUUCGGCCUCUCCACCAAGCCCUGGACACGAUUCACAAGUCAACCAAAGCUACGAUGGAGGCUGCUGAGAUGAUCAAAGCGACACUCGAGAAGUUGGACCGUGACUUGACCUUGGAAGAUGGACUGGUGGAGGGGCGGCUGGCGGUUCAGGGAUAA